AUGUCGUCUGUCGAAGCUGAGCCAGUUCCGAUAAAGGAUACUACUAAACCUACAGAAGAAGACGCUCAAGUCUCAAAAUCCAGCAAUUCAAGCGAAGAACCCGAAAAACCACAGGCUUCAGACGAUGGCGCUUCCAGCAAAGCGCAAGAGCGACUGGAACGGUUCAAGGCAUUGAAAGCCCGUGCAAAAAGCGCCACUGACAGCAACAUGAAAGAGACGGUAGCAGAGUCCCAACGACUUGCCACAGACCCGGCUUUGCUCUCCAACCUCUCACGCAAACACGCAUUCGCAUCUCACAACCUCCUUAAAGCCGACACCGAAGAAGCUGGCGAGGAUUUCGAACGCAAGCGAGCCUGGGACUGGACAAUAGAAGAAUCCGAGCGAUGGGAUAGACGUAUGGAAAAGAAGCAACGACAUCGCGAUGAUGUAGCCUUUCAAGACUACCGCCAGGAUGCUCGCAAAGUGUAUAAGCGGCAAUUACGAGAAAUGCAGCCUGAUUUGGAUGCGUACGAAAAGGAAAAGAUAGCCGCUGUGGAACGGGCGGCUGCAAGUGGAGGACUUGAGAUUGUUGAAACGGAUGAUGGCGAGCUUGUUGCUGUGGAUCGAAAUGGGACGUUUUAUUCUACGGCUGAUUCUACCGACUUCACUGCGAACAAGCCGGAUCGCGCGGCGGUUGACAGGCUGGUUUCUGAUUUGAGAAAGGCAGAAGAGGUUCGGUUGAAGAAGCGACGUGAUCGACGCGGUGAGGAGGACGCUGAUGUCACGUACAUCAAUGAAAAGAACAAACAGUUCAACCAGAAGCUAGCUCGAUUUUAUGAUAAGUACACGAAAGAGAUUAGAGACAGUUUUGAGCGUGGUACAGCACUGUGA